GGAUGCAGGCAGCAGCCCGCCCGGCUCCCCCACUGGCCAGGCAGUUGGUAUGCUCCAGGCUCAGAGCAGCUCCUUCCAGCAUCCUUCAUCCUCCAGGUACCAGCCAUCUGGGCAGUGCUGGAGCUGCAGGGACCGAGAGCAGCCCCCUGCAGCCCCCUGGCGCAGCCUUCCCCAGUAGCCUCUGUGUUAACUGACGGCUUCUGCGUCAGGUACUUCCAACUGCAGCCCCUUGCAGGGUGGGGCACCCAUCUGAGGCACGAGGUUUUUGUGCCCCCCACCCCUCCCCCAGACUCUACACCCAGGGCUGCCGCCGCCUGUGCUCCAGGAUGAAGGGAGAGACCCCUGUGAACAGCACUAUGAGUAUUGGGCAAGCCCGCAAGAUGGUGGAACAGCUUAAGAUCGAAGCCAGUUUAUGCCGGAUAAAGGUGUCCAAGGCGGCCGCGGACCUGAUGACUUACUGUGACGCCCACGCCUGUGAGGACCCCCUCAUCACUCCUGUCCCCACCUCGGAGAACCCCUUCCGGGAGAAGAAGUUCUUCUGCGCCCUGCUCUGAGCCGCCCCGCUGCCCCUCACCACUCCUCACCGUCCCCUCUCCCGGGCCCUUCUUAGGUCGGUAACUGCCACGAGCCCAGCUCCCUGCACCUCACCUCCAACCCUGGCCCACACCCGAGUAUCGGAAGCACAAGGCCCUCCCUCACCUACCUGCCGACCCCUCCCCUUGGCCCGGGCGGCUGACCCCAGUCCCCCACCCCACUCCCGUUGCUCCACCCACGGAAGGGCGCCAUCACACUCUGCCAGCCUCCCUGUGACCCGCUCAGACAAUGGGGAGAGGGGUGGGCCGGGUGCUUGCUCUCAGUCUCACCUGGAGCUACUGGAAGGGAAAAGCCAUUUGAAGAAUAAAGUCCUCCAGAGCCUCA